AUGAGUGUAUGGAAUUACGUCGUUACGGCUCAAAAACCAACCUGUGUCUCUCACGAUUGCGUUGGAAAUUUCACCAGUCCUCAAGAACUCAAUCUCAUUGUUGCGAAAUGUACUCGAAUCGAGAUCCAUCUGCUUACUCCACAGGGAGUUCAGACUAUACUGGAUGUUCCUCUAUAUGGGAGAAUUGCAACUCUUGAAUUGUUCCGUCCCCAUGGUGAAGCGCAAGAUCUUUUAUUCAUUACAAUUGAGAGAUAUAAAUUCUGUGUUCUUCAAUGGGAUUCUGAAUCUUCUGAGCUUGUUACAAGGGCAAUGGGGGAUGUUUCCGAUCGUAUUGGACUACCGACAGACAAUGAUCAGAUUGGUAUAAUUGAUCCUGAUUGCAGAUUAAUUGGUCUCCAUUUGUAUGAUGGCUUGUUUAAGGUGAUUCCAUUUGACAACAAAGGACAGCUCAAGGAAGCUUUCAACAUAAGGCUGGAGGAGUUGCAGGUCCUAGAUAUCAAAUUUCUGUAUGGAUGCACCAGGCCAACAAUCGCAGUACUUUAUCAGGACAUCAAAGAUGCUCGUCAUGUCAAAACAUAUGAAGUUUCUCUAAAGGAAGACUUUGUUAAAGGACCAUGGUCUCAAAACAAUCUCGACUAUGGUGCGGACUUAUUGAUCCCUGUACCUCAACCUCUGUGUGGCGUCCUUAUCAUUGGAGAAGAAACAAUUGUCUAUUGUAGUGCCAAUGCAUUCAAAGCAAUACAAAUUAGACCUUGCAUCACAAAAGCAUAUGGAAGAGUUGAUAUUGAUGGCUCUAGGUAUCUUCUUGGUGACCAUGCUGGACUGCUCCACCUGCUUGUUAUAACCCACGAGAAAGAAAAGGUCACUGGCCUCAAAAUUGAGCUUUUGGGUGAAACGUCUAUUGCAUCUUCCAUCUCGUAUCUAGACAAUGCUGUUGCCUUUGUCGGCUCAAGCUAUGGAGAUUCACAGCUUAUCAAGCUAAAUACGCAGCCGGAUGCAAAAGGUUCAUAUGUAGAAAUUUUAGAAAGUUAUGUCAACUUGGGGCCUAUUGUCGGCCUCUGUGUACUUGACCUUGAGAGACAGGGGCAAGGUCAGGUUGUAACUUGCUCUGGGGCAUAUAAGGAUGGUUCUCUUCGCAUAGUUCGCAGUGGGAUAGGAAUAAAUGAACAGGCGUCCGUGGAACUUCAAGAGGAUGAAAUGGAAGAAACAGAAAUUGAAGGUUUCCUGUCUGAAGUGCAGACUUUAUUUUGCCAUGAUGCGGUCUACAACCAACUUGUACAGGUCACUUCAAAUUCUGUUAGAUUAGUCAGUUCUACAACUAGGGAAUUGCGGAAUAAAUGGGAUGCCCCUGCUGGAUUCACUGUUAAUGUUGCAACUUCUAAUGCCAGCCAGAUUGGAGAUGGGACAUUGACGGAAGUGAAACAUGUCCUGUUGGAGUACGAGGUUUCUUGUAUUGAUAUGAAUCCCAUUGGCGAUAAUCCUAAUUACAGUCAGCUAGCUGCAGUGGGGAUGUGGACAGAUAUAACUGUGAGGAUUUUUGUGCUGCCGGACUUGACUCUUAUUACUAAGGAGCAACUAGGAGGAGAGAUAAUUCCCCGAUCUGUUCUUCUUUGUGCAUUCGAAGGGAUAUCUUACUUGCUCUGUGCUCUUGGAGAUGGUCAUCUCUUAAACUUCCAUGCAACGCAUGUCUUUGCUGCUUCAGAUAGACCAGCUGUUAUAUAUAGCAACAACAAGAAGCUGGUAUACAGCAACGUGAAUCUGAAAGAAGUUAGUCAUUUAUGUCCUUUUAACUCUGCUGCCUUUCCAGACAGUCUAGCAAUUGCCAGGGAAGGCGAACUUACUAUUGGCACCAUCAAUGAUAUUCAGAAGCUUCAUAUACGCACUAUUCCUGUUGGAGAGCACGCUCGUCGUAUCUGCCAUCAGAAGCAAUCACGAACAUUUGCUAUCUGCAGUGUGAGAAACCACCCGAGUGCCGAAGAAUCUGAAAUGCAUUUUGUCCGUCUGCUGGAUGACCAAACUUUUGACUUUUUGUCAACUUACCCUUUGGACGCCUUUGAAUACGGUUGCUCCAUACUGAGCUGCUCGUUUACAGACGAUAAAAAUGCCUACUACUGUGUUGGUACGGCAUAUGUUUUGCCCAAAGAAAAUGGACCGACUAAGGGAAGGAUACUUGUGUUUAUAGUUGAAGAAGGGAGAUUGCAGCUUAUUGCAGAGAAGGAAACUGAGGGAGCUGUUUACUCUCUUAAUGCCUUCAAUGGCAAACUUCUUGCUGCUAUUAAUCAGAAAAUUCAGUUGUAUAAAUGGAUGGUGCGGGAUGGUGGAACUCGUGAGCUCCAGUCUGAAUGUGGACAUCACGGUCACAUACUAGCUCUCUUCGUGCAGACCCGUGGAGACUUCAUCGCCGGUGGUGAUCUCAUGAAAUCAAUCUCCUUUUUGAUCUACAAGCACGAGGAAGGUGCGAUCGAGGAGAGAACUCGGGACUAUAAUGCAAACUGGAUAUCGGCACUUGAGAUACUCGAUGAUGACACCUACCUCGGUGCUGACAGUUGCUACAACCUAUUCACAGUAAAGAAGAACAGCGAAGGUCCUACAGAAGAAGAACGAGCUUCUAUGGAAGUAGUUGGUGAGUAUCACCUUGGGGAAUUUGUGAACCGAUUCCGCCAUGGUUCACUUGUUAUGAGGAUGCCUGAUUCAGAGACUGGCCAGAUACCGACUCUCAUCUUUGGUACCGUCAACGGUGUGAUUGGAGUGAUGGCUUCGCUGCCUCAAGAACAGUACGCGUUUCUAGAGAAACUGCAGACGAGUCUGAGAAAAGUGAUUAAAGGAGUCGGCGGUUUAAGCCACGAGCAAUGGAGAUCGUUCACCAAUGAGAAAAGAACUGCGGAAGCGAGAAACUUCUUGGAUGGAGAUCUUAUCGAAUCGUUUUUGGAUUUGAGCAGGAGUAAAAUGGAGGAGAUCUCUAAAGGUAUGGAUGUUCAAGUGGAAGAGUUGUGCAAGAGAGUUGAAGAACUCAUUAGGCUUCACUGA